CCGGAACCUGUGGAAACUAAACAAAGCCGUGCAUGGAGAAAACACUUCGAACCUAACAGCUUCAUAAGUCCUGAAAGUCUGCACCCUGGCCAGCACUGCCUGAGGCUGCCGUGAACCAUGAAGGGAACCGCUAAAAGCAAAGUGGUGACAUCGGGGAGGCUGACAGGAGGAGUCAAAGUGCAGCCGGCCAGGAGACGUGCUGUUAGAGUGACUCCAAAUCCAGGACCGGCUGCUUGCCCUGAGCCAGCCUACUCUCUGUACUCCACAGACUCUGAAGACCAGGUCACCUAUCUCCAUAAGGGUCUGGACCGGUGUGCUGCCUUGCUUGGUGGCAUCCUUCAGGCAGAGAAGGCAGCCUUGCCAAACCUUCCGACAGCAGUGAAGGGUGGAGCUGCCAAAUCAAAACCAUCCACCUCGCUGGGGAAGAAGACCACCAAGAAGCUACCUACAAAGAUAGCCCAAAGGAGUUGUCAGUCAGUCCAGCAUGGACCAGGCAGCACAGCUCCAACAAAAGCCCGUCAGUCUGCUGCUCCAUCGGCAUGCUCUGAAAUGAAGCUCCACCCACCGCAGGAACGACCUCACACCCUGCUGCAGUCUCACUUACAUCCUUCACACAACCAAACACAGCAGCGCCUCUCCCCUCCUGUCCCUCCACUACAGCCCCAGAUGCCUAGCCCUCCACCACAGACCUCCGUCCCCCCACCGUCGGGCCGGCUGCCUCUCCCUCUGACAGACUGCCGGGCUGCUUCUGAAGCUCCACACGCGAAGGAAGAGUGUGACAGCGAAGAGGAGGAGUUUGUUCCCGUUAGAGACACCAACACCCACAGCACUGUCGAAGACGCUCACUCACGCAUACACGCCUGCAUCAUGAAGAUGUCAAACGUGCAGCUGGAGCCUGGACAGGUUGACGGCGUCCCUCAGGACACACAGAGCGAGGAGGACGGCAGUGCAGAGACAGACGUGAAGACAGUUCAGUAUCUGCUGGGAGAACUCAAGGCUCUGAUCGCUGGACAAGGUAGUGUAGCAGAGAGGCUGCUCAGUCAUCUAGAGCAGGCUGUGUCCUCACCACUGAUGAAUAUUGGUAGUUCAAACAUCCAGACUGAAGCGGACGUAUCAUCACUACACAGCCAGAACACUCAGCUCCGCAGACGUGUGAGGCUUUUGAACCAGCAGUUAAAGGAGAGAGAGAAAGCAGAGAGACAAGAAAGCAUGAAGACACUCUGUAACUCAGAAGUGUCGGCUCUGCAGGAGGAGCUCACCGACGCUCAGUGCCGACUGCAGGAACUCCAGGAUGACCUCACAGAACUACGGAAAGCCCUUCAGGACACACAGAGCCAACUGAGAGACAGAGAGUCUGAGAAUGCCCUCAUCAAGACAGACUUGGAGGCCACUAGAAGCAGGUUGCUGGAUAGCGAGCAGGAGAAGAGUGAGUUGGCUUCACUCGCCCAAAAAAGGCUGGAAGAGAUAGGACAUCUCAACAGGAUUCUUCAGAGUCGGGCUUCAUCUGAUAGCCCUGUGGUUGUUGACGGCUCACAUUUUGACAGACCGGAGCCAGCAGAGCCUCCCACAGACCGCAUCGCUCAGUACCUGAUGUCUAUGGCUCAGCUGGAGCCCACACACACUGUGCAUGAGUGUGUGGCUGCAAAGGGAGAAGGAAACACGCUAGCGCAAAAGGAACUGACCUCAGUCCAGCUGAGAGACACAUUAUCACAUCCUGAUGUCAAACGUGCAGAGACUUCAGCCCGCCACCAAAACUCCCACCUCGACCAAUCGCGCUGUUUAGAUGAAGUCCAGUCACGUGGGCGGCGGCUGGAGAAGGAGCGCAGCCGGCUGUUGAACUCCACACUGUCCCAGUGUGAUGUGGAGUCCGUGCUGUCUGAUUGGAGCACGAGGUCGGGGUCAGUCUGUAACACCAUAGACGAGGCAGCGUUCAGAGACGGCCUGGCAGCUCUGGACGCCAGCAUAGCCAGUCUGCAGAAGACUCUUCAGCUGGAUCUGGGGAGGUGACGCUUAGCAGCUUUUAUUUGUAUUGUGCUUUCAUGAAAUAUGUUGUAAUGCAUCCUCUCUGUUGUGUGCUGCAUUUUUGCACCCGUUUUGAUCUUUUCCUUUGAUGAAGUGAUAUUUUAGAUUGGAAAUAAAGCAAUUUA